AUGGCCAACGAAGCACCCAUGAAUAAUGGGCUCGCAAACAAGGAGGAGGCGGAAGAGCGAAAAGAAGAGCAGCCGAUGCCAGAGAUGACACCGCCAGAGAAUGGCCCGGCGGCAGACGUAGAGGAGAAGGACACCGCUAGCAGAGAUACCCGCACUCGACGCGCCUCCGCUGCCAACGCCGCCUCCAACAACCAGCCCAGCACGCCCGUCACGGCCACUCGUCGCACGCGCCGGAAAAAGGACGACGCUGGCCAGGACAAGGAUAAGGACAAAGAGAAAGAAAAGGACAAGCAAAAGCCAAAGAAAUCAAAGGCGAAAGCCAAGGAGAAAGACGACAAGGAAGAAAAGGAAAAGGCAGUCAAGGACAAGGACAAAACCAAGGGCAAAGACGCCAAAAAGGAAAAAGAAAAGGAGAAAGACGACAAGGAGACUAAGCCGCGGCGGCGUGCGCGCGAAAAGUCCAAUGCCUCUGCAAACAACACGCCGCAGAGCUCGCGGAAGAAGCCCAAGCUGGAGCAUGUUGAGGACAGCAAGAACAGCCUCAACCUCAACGAUGGCAGCGACCACCAUUCUACAGCGCCCGCGCUGGCUCCUACCCCGCUGGCGCCUGCGUCAUCCCAGCAAGUCCCCCUGACCCAAAACGGCAACCAUGAGGUUAUUUUCGGGGCAGCUGCGCGUCUUUCUCCCGUACAGCAGCCUGUUCAGCCUGCUCCGCCGACCACUGCUGUAUCGCCAGUGAGGACUGCAGCCCUGCCGUCGUCCACCUCGAUUCCGACUGCCGCCAUGCAGGCCCCAUCAUUACCUCAGUCACAUUCUUAUGAAAAUGUGCUUUCGACGCAUCACACUCCCACGUAUAUGACUCCUACACACCCGCCGCCGCCACCACCACCUCAGCCUUCUCCGCCGCGGUCGAGCGGACGUAACUACGAUCCUAUCCGAUCGGCAUUCGAAGAUUCAGCUCCUCCUACUCUUCCCCCUCCGGUGUCACACGGCCCUUCAUCCUCCCAGAUGGGGACGCCUGUCUUGUCUUCGCAGACACAGUUCAGUCCGCCGCAGCAUUCUCAUUCUGUUUCACCGCGACACACGUUCAGGGCUAGUGCCUCGCCGGCCAUUUCCAGCAUUAUCGACCCGCCUGCACCUCCUGCACUGGGGCAACAGCAGCGACCCGCCCAGUCGCCCGUAUACCCCAGCCAUAUGCAAAACUACUCCCCCUACGGCUCUAACGUAUCCACACCAGCACAUCACUACGGACAAAGCCCGCAAACGCAAGCGCCGACGCUUUCUCAGAUAACUCACCCGCCUCCGCCGCCGCAGCAGCCGGCACGGUUUCUAUCCCAACAAUUACCGCCGCAGUAUGCUCCACCAAAGCAAGAGCAGUUUCCUCCUCCUACGCCGAGCCAGCAGCCUGCAAACCCCGUCGACGGGAUGCCCCUGCUCCAACAGCCUGUUGCAAUGGAGAUCGAUUCCGAGCCUGCGCCUGCUACUGGACCGCCGCCUACAUCUGCACCUGAAUCUAUAUCUACACCUACACCCGCUCCUGCUGCUGCACCUGUGUCGGCGAAAACCACAAAGCCAGCCAAGAAGGAGAAAGGCACACCGACAGCAACUCCGAGCGCGCCAUCCCCCAAACCAGCUCGCGCCGCCAAAGAUGCCGCCGCUCCGCCACCGCUGCCCCAAGGCUCAGGUCUAAUUUCCGGGGCUUUAUUUGGGGUAGACGACAGCUCGUCAACAGCGUCCAAAACCGCACCGAAUAUUAUCCUUCAUGUACCUCUUUCUGGAGAGACAAACAAAAUCAUCAGCUUUGCCCGCUUGGCAGAGGAGAAAUACGGCUUUGCAGCGCUACAUCCACGUCUUGCGGCACAGAAAGAGCGGCUCGCGCGCGUUGCUGCAGCGAGUGCGGCGUUGGAAAAGGACGAGAAGGACGGUUCUGCGCGCGAGAGUGCAGAAGAAGAUCUCAGUGUAGAUAUCGAUCGAGACAGCGAAGGCGACGGCGAUGUUGCCAUGGGUGGAACCGGAUUGACGGCGGCCGAGGAACAGACGGACGGGAAGAAAAAGCGCCGCAAGAAGAAAAUCGAGGAUUACGACCGCGAUGAUCCGUUUGUGGACGACAGCGAAUUAGUAUGGCAGGAGCAAGCGGCGGCUAGUAAAGACGGCUUCUUUGUGUACAGUGGACCUCUCGUCGCGGAGGGCGAGAAAGUCCAGGUCGAAAGGUACGAAAUCAUGCCCUGUUUCCCUUUGGUAACCGUAGUAACUCUUUCCAGGGCUGAUGGUACCAUCAAACGCGGACGUGGCGGGCGUGGUGGACGGGGUGGUGGAAGGUCCCGUGCAGGACAAGGACACGUCCCGAUUGCAUCCAACGUCCCUAUUUCGGCCGAGACGGGUCUUCCUCUGCGCGGGCCAGGGUCUCGCGGUGGCAGUAUGGCUCGCAAACCGCGCGCGAGCAAGGCCAAGCAGCAAGGCGAGGACAAGUCGGACCCGCGCAAGAGCGGCACGUCUCACGCAGCGGCACAUCGCGCCAGCAACAAAGCAUCAACCAUGGCGGGCAUGGUUGGACUGGCGCCAGCUCCUCCUGCGGCCCCUGCCACAGCUGCAGCUCCAGCUCCAGCUCCAGCUCCUACUUCUGCUGCUGCUGCUGCCUCAGGCCCCCAGCUGGCUCCUGCUCCGCCAGCACCUCAGGCCGGCCAGACCCAGAGCGUCUUCAUGCGAUAG